AUGACUAGCACCAGUGCCGACACCACCACUGCCCUCUAUGGUCUCACAGCCCUGUCAGCGGACCAAGCCCUAACGAAGCCCUCGACCGCAAACCCAGCUGCAAUGGACAUAUCGUCGCUUUCACCGCCCCAAACCGCCCUGGCGGCGCGUCUCGCGGCGUAUGCGCAGGCAAAACUGGACGCGGACACAUACCGCCACAGCAUGCGCGUGUACAGUUACGGCUGCGCCAUAGCGAGGCAAUGUUUCCCGCAGUUCGAGCUGACGCCAGGCUCGACUCUCGACGAGACUUGGUUCCUCACGGCACUGCUGCACGACAUCGGCACGAGUGCCGAGUUUCUGACGCCUAGCUGUACCCGUCUCAGCUUCGAGUUUUGGGGCGCGUUCCAUGCUUUGGAGAUCUUGCAACAGGCGAAAGAAUCAAGUUCAAGUUCAAGUUCGGUGACGGCAGCAGCAGCAGCAGGAGCAGCUUCACCGCGCGAACAGGCCGAGAGUGUCGCAGAAGCCAUCAUUCGGCAUCAGGAUAUCCAGGACAAAGGGAACAUCACCUUGAUGACCCGCCUGAUCCAUCUGGGCACUUUGCUCGACAAUAUCGGCGCCGGGGCUCACCUCAUUCAUCCACAGACUAUUUACAACGUCGUUCGCGAGUACCCUAGGCCAGGAUGGUCUGGCUGUUUUGAACGUACCGUGAAGAAAGAGAAGAGCUUCAAGCCUUAUGCUAUGGUUAGUAGGAUCGAAGGGUUUGAGGAUGCCAUUCGGAAGAAUGGUGACAGUGCCUCGGGCGGUCUUAUGGCUGGGUAUGAUUGA